AUAACUGGCCUUCCUUCUUCUUCAACCAACCACAAAUCACCUCACAACUCUCUCUCUCUUUCUCCAGCACCCAAAUAGACAAGUUCAAUGGCCAUUUCAGCAAUUUCUUCAGUGACCCUUCUCUUCUUUUUGCUCAAUUUGUGCCUCCGGGGCAGUUAUGGCGACUCUGGAGGUUGGCAAAGUGGCCAUGCGACAUUCUAUGGUGGGGGUGAUGCUUCUGGCACAAUGGGGGGUGCUUGUGGCUAUGGAAACUUGUAUAGCCAAGGCUAUGGGACUAACACUGCAGCACUGAGCACUGCUUUGUUCAACAAUGGCCUCAGCUGUGGCUCAUGCUAUGAAAUGAAAUGUGAUAAUGAUCCUAAAUGGUGUCUCCCUGGAUCCAUUAUUGUUACUGCAACGAACUUCUGUCCCCCUAACUUAGCCUUGUCUAAUGACAAUGGAGGCUGGUGCAAUCCCCCUCUCCAACACUUCGACUUGGCCGAGCCUGCUUUCCUACAGAUUGCUCAAUACAAGGCUGGAAUCGUCCCGGUGUCGUUCAAAAGGGUCCCCUGUGUGAAGAAAGGAGGAAUCAGGUUCACAAUAAAUGGGCACUCAUACUUCAACUUGGUGCUGAUUUCAAAUGUGGGAGGAGCUGGAGAUGUGAAUGCAGUGUCAAUAAAAGGGUCAAAUACAGGAUGGCAGCCACUGUCAAGAAAUUGGGGCCAAAACUGGCAGAGCAACAACUACAUGAAUGGCCAAAGUUUGUCAUUCCAAGUCACCACAAGCGAUGGGAGGACUGUGACAAGCUACAAUGUGGCACCAAGUAAUUGGCAAUUUGGGCAGACAUUUGAGGGGGGUCAGUUUUAGAUUGGGAAUUGGGUUUGAUUUGUAUUUGUAUUUGUAUAUGUUAAUUUGGUUGUGAGAGGGAAUGGUGAUGAGGGUAGGAAGUCUGCUGCCGUGGUGCUUAUAUUUGCACCCGCUAGGCCUCAGUAUACUAUAUUUAUGGCCUCAGUAUACUAUAUUUAUGGAUAGUAAUAGACAAACAGAAAGGUAUAUUUUCA